GGAAGGUAUUAUGGGACAGAAAUGUCAAACAACGGUGAUCUAGUUGGGACAUUUGGGCCAGAAGUUAAAGUGAGAAGAAGACCAAUGACUAAACACCCAAAUGGAACGCUAGGACGUUAUAUUUGGGAUCCAGAGGGAGAUACAGGAAGGGGAUUUAUAUUGAAGCCUCUGCCCUCUGCUCAGUCUGUUCUUCUCAUCUCCUCUGCUGAACCUGUUUCUCAUCCCCUUUCUUCUUAGCUUUAGAGGUCUCUAAUGGAGGACCAAAAAGUACUCAAGGCUUUCGUCGAAGAUUCAAUUCGUGAUUCAAUUCAGGAAAUGAAGGCCUCGCUUUCUAAGGAUCUCGCCGAUCUUCGUUCGAUGCUGCUGGAGGCUGUGAGGAAACAAAGAACGACCUCUUUUCAACCCCGAGACCGGGCUAUGGAUGCCAAAUUAUGGCAGUUUCAAGGCGAGAAUCCGGAGGCUUGGAUAUUCCAAGCGGAGCGUUAUUUUGAGUUCUAUAGAAUUGAAGAUGAUCGGAAGCUUACCAGGGCGUCAUUCUACCUUGAUAGUGACGCAUUGGAAUGGUACCAGUGGUUGUAUAGGAACAAGCAAUUAAUUGAUUGGCCGCAUUUUGCUGAUAAAGUGAGAACUCGAUUUAAACAAAAAGGGCUCAAGUCGGAAGGGAGAUUAGCGAAAAGGAGUUGUAUGACCAACUCAUCUUUGUUGCAAAACUAUGGUAGACAAUCUGACUGCAAAAACAAAAUUCAUGCGCAUAAGGUGUUUGAUGAAUCAUCUGAUAGGUCCAAAGGUGCAUAUUCUCUUAUUUUGAGCUAUCUCUCAAACUCAUCUGACUUGGAAUCUACCUCCCAAGGUAGAAACUUAAAGGCGGCCAACAUUAUAGAUAAAAUGUCCAAUGGCGCAGACGAGAGUGAUUUGCUGGAAUUGUCAUCAUCAGUUACGUCUUUUGAAAUCCAGGUUGGUUUGGACUCUGUUGAAAUUAACCUUAUAGCUCAUACAGAUAGUGAGACUACAACGUUAACAAACUUUGAAGACGCAGUGUUUCUCGAAGUUUUGCAAGGAGCUGGCUCUAGUCAGCGACACCAAUUUGCACCUGAUAAUUCAUUACCAGCUCCUUUUGAUGGCUCACUUUUGCUUCCAUCCAAUGUCGAACAACAAACUGCACACGGCUUGUUCCAUGAGAUUAAGUAUGCUUUGGAAGAAGAAAACACGAGCUAUGUGAACAAGAUGUUCACUGAAAUGACAUAUGGCUACUGCUCCAAUGUACGUACUGAUGAAUAUGAAUUGGAUGAUGGCGACUCACAGGAAGACAAGGUGUUUCUUAAAAAUUUCCCAAAAGAGAUACCUGGGUGGCCUGGACAAAUUGUAGAUAUGAUUUCAUUUCUGGUUUCUUUUGUUGAAUGUGGAUAUGAGGUAAAAAAUAAUACUACGGUAAUUACUUGCAUCAAUUGCCAACUUUUAGAUACCUUAAGGUUUCACGUCCCCAGUGCCACAUUAAACAUCGGUACAUCCUAUCGAAGCCAUGUUAAUGGUGAAGAUAGAUACGUCAUUCUUGGUAGGAAGUGCCCUGCACUGUUAAUGACAUUGGAGGCUUGUAAUAACCAAGUGCUUCCACUAGUACUAUACUUUAGUGCUUGGGAUACGGAUGAAAGGGAUACUAGGCUACCAAUUUCUGGUUAUGUGGAUAAGUGGUUCGACACGGGACAGGAAUUUAGUGUUGCGUCAGGUUUUUCACCUCUUCCUCAUAUUCCUCUGACUUCUACAUUAGAUGCACAUACACUAUUUAAAGCAAGUAUAAAAGGAUUGACUUGUUUAUUUGGAAAGUUGUAUGAUUGGGAGCAAUUAGGUGGAAUUGAAUUGGGUGUUGAUGCCCCCGACACCACUUAUCUUGAUGAAUGUUUCCGUGUACCUAAGAGUACUGAAGAUCGACAUCUUGAUAAAAAAUUUAUGGAGUUCGAGCAUGGCCUUGCAGUAAGAGAAUUUCUUUCUGAUGAUGACAAGAUGGGAAGAUCUGGAUGUAUUGUGUCAGCAAAGUUUGUGCACAAGGUUUUGAAGCAGACAGUGGGAAAUCAUUUGAUGGAUGUGCAAAGGCAAAAUAAAUGGACAAUGCUAAGUUCUCCUGCUUAUUUUGCUUGCGAUAUUCUCACUAAGACUUUAGAAAUCCUUUUGCCAAGCAACAAUUCUGAUUGGAACGUUACUUUGCAACUUCAUUCUUAUUCCUCAACAGGUUUCAUUGUAUAUCUCGCCUUUUCAAAUCUUCCAUUUGAUCCUGGUAUACAUGAUAUUCUUCUACCCUUUAGCUCCAACAAGACUAUAUUUACAGAUAGUAGUUUCCGUUCUACUUACGAUUUAAUAGCUACAUUGUGGGGUGGACCAAUUGAUGAGUUUUUAGUUCCCACCUUUGAAUGCAUCCAAGAUAGCGCUACUGAUGCUAUCAGGAAAACUUGUGAGUUAGUGGGAGCUCAAGUGAUUUUCUGGGAUAUGAGAGAAUUAUUGGUAUUUAAUUUAUCUCGUAGUAGUGUUGACGGGGAAUCUAUACUCCCAAAGUUUGAUAAAGUUCUUACUGAGCUUUAUGCUCUGAUUGAUGACACAUGUGGCGACAUUUUAUUUGCAAGUAUUUUGAAGGCAUCGGGGGAUGGUUAUAUUGGGGUGUUAUAAUAUUUUGUAUAUGUUGCAGGAGUAGAUGUUAGAGUAGUUCUUUUGUCACCAGACAGUGUUUGUAUAAUGCGGUUUCUUAAUCAAGACACGUCUCUAGUGCUGUACAACCUUGUCUUUAGAGAAGGAGCAGUGCACGAUUUUCCAUCACUUGUUCUCUUCACUACAAUGCAAAAGCUUGAUGUUGGAAGAUUCAACAGAGGCUCUGUUGUCCUUGUUAGCCAUCUGCUUCUUUAUCAUUACGGUACUACGAGUAUAGCCAGAGAACCAACCAUCUCAAAGGAUAAGCUUUAUUUGUUUUCAUUUGAAGAAUCUGCAGCAAUCCCAUUUUUACGUGCAAAGGAUGGUUUCUCAUGUUGUUUGAAAGAAUUUUAUUUUUCAUCUAUUACUACUAGACAAGGUUCUAUGCUCACUUACGUGAGGCUAAUAUAUUAUGGAGAAAAUGCUACUAACAGUGUUCAUAACUUGAACCUUGAGGACAAGGUUUUUUUUGCGGAUGGGAGUAUUGUUGUGAACCAAUUUGAGUGAGGAAGGGAUUAUGGGCCAGAAAUGUCAAACAACGGUGAUCCAGUUGGGACAUUUGGGCCAGAAGUUAAAGUGAGAAGAAGCCAAAUGACUAAACACCUAAAUGGAACGCUAGGACGUUAUAUUUGGGAUCCAGGGGGAGACACAGGAAGGGGAAUUAUGUUGAAGCCUCUGCUCAGUCUGUUCUUCUCAUCUCCUCUGAUGAACCUGUUUCUCAUCCUCUUUCUUCUUAGCUUUAGGUUGCAAUUUCUCUUCUCAUCUACUCUCUAUUUCCUUUAGUGUGUUUUCUACUAUUGUAUUGCUAUUUGGUUAUUAUAGUUCUGUUUAUUGAGUUAAUAUAAUUAGUUGGUUUGGGUGUAAUAUCCAGUUGUUACAUUUCCCCCUGUUGAUGUUGAAGUUAUAGAUGAGAUACAAGACCAGAAAUUGAACUGUCGAGAAAUAACUCUACAUAUACAGGACAGUGGCAGAACGCAGGUGUAAUGUACUUCUUAGCUACUAGUAGUAAUUAAUUUGUAGGACUUGUAUAGUUAAACAUUAGUUGUAACUCUUUUUGAAAACAUUAGUUGUAUCAAGUCUUUACUUUUGAGAAAA